UAACAAUAAAGUUUCCAAUUGCUAUACUUUAAAUUCCGCUCGAAAAGUCAUCAUAAUUCUGAUUGAUUAACUCAAGGCGGUUGUUUCAUAAUAGGUUUAUCUUCAAGGUCGAAGUGAUUAGCACACUUGUAUCCAUAAUGAUUUUAUCACCGGAAAGGAAAUGUGGAUGUAAGGGAAUCCGGAGUUGUGCAAUAUGUGACAGUGAAAACGUUCACAAAAAUGUACGAUAAAGUUUUCUAAUUAUGAUGUUCAGGAAGGACGACAGCUUUACGAGUUCACAUUUUGUCCUUUUUGCGAUAUGGCAGUCGUUGAAACAAACACCAUGUCAAAAGAGUUUCAUGUCCAUCAAGGUGGCUUUCCUUUCCUAAACAUCGAGGUUAUUCGAAAUUUUGUUGACGAAAAUGAAGAAGCAAUGUUGGUCGAGGAGAUCGACAAACAAGCAUGGGUUUUAUCUCAAUCCGGGAGGAGAAAACAGGAUUAUGGACCAAAAGUGAAUUUCAAACGACAGAAGGUGCAGAUCGGAGGAUUUGAUGGUCUGCCAGCAUAUUCUAGGUUCCUCAUAACACGUUACAAUGAUUCGAUUAAAGAAAGCAAAUCUCUUCGCCCUGAAUUUCUCCCAGUGGAGUUAUGCAACCUGGAGUAUAAAUCAGAUCGUGGUGCUUGUAUUGUACCGCACUAUGAUGAUUCAUGGUUGUGGGGUGAUCGAUUGGUGACUGUCAAUUUGAGUGGUGCCACUUAUUUAACUUUCACAUUACCGACAGCUGACGUGGUGGAUGGCAUAAACCACGAAUUUCAACGUGUUCAAUCGUGUGUGCCGAAUGUUUCUCGGGGCUCACUUUGCGUACGUGUGCUGCUGGACAGACGUUCCCUUGUGGUUGUUAGUGGACCUGCACGAUAUAUAUGGCAACAUGAAAUUAGACGUUCAGAUAUACCUAUCCGACGUAUUGCUAUGACAUUUCGUGAAUUGAGUAGUACAUUUUCUCCCGAAUCAGGUAAUAUGACAGACGAACAAAAAUUCGGUAAGAAACUCUUGGAAAUCGCUUCCACAUACGCUCAUAUGUGAAAUAAAAAGAUGAAAUAUACAACUGUGUUAAUAACAACUAACAAAUAUAAACUCUUAACGUUUUUCAUUAAACUUAAACUUGACAAACUACACUCACAAAAUCGUUCUAUUGAAGAAACGCACCAAUAGUGAUGAGGUUGUUUGAUACGAAUGGUAAAACAUCCAAUAAACUAUAUAAUCUCUGUUCCUCAUAACACUCAACUCUUUCAGUUACAGGAUCAUCAAGCUCCUAUAAAUUCUUUUAAGUUAUGUUCAGUAAUAUUAUACUUAACAGGAAAGUGAUUCUUGAAAAACUCCAUACAAUGAAGCCCAAAUGAUAAGUGAACCAGUAUAAUAUGAGUUAAUGUUAUUUCAUGCUUUCUCUUUAGUUGCCUACAAUCGUAUUCGUAUCAAAGUGUAACAUUGAGAUAUAAUAAUAACAAUACAAAAUUAUAGAUAUUGGCAACGGAAUAGAAAAAUGGUCUACAAUUAUUUAAAAAAUUCUAUACGUGAAAAUACGCGGUCACAUUAAUUCAUUAAGAAGUGUGUCAAAACAUAUGGAUUUUUUUUUA